CGCACACUCUGUUUCCACGGCGAGGUUCCAGCAAAGAUGGCCCCUAAGAAGAAGGAAGCAGCAAAAGGACAAGUCAUCGGGAUCGACCUAGGGACGACCUACUCAUGCGUCGCCGUCGCUCGAAACGGCACGGUGGAGAUCAUAGCCAACGACCAAGGCAACCGAACCACACCUUCCUCCGUGGCCUUCGCGGCCGCCGAUUCAGAGCGCCUCGUCGGAGAAGCCGCCAAGAAUCAGGCGGCACUCAACCCUCGCCGGACAAUCUUCGACGCCAAGCGCCUGAUUGGGAAAAAAUUCGACGACCCAGAGGUUCAGAGGGACCUGAGGUACUUACCAUAUCCGGUCGUCAGCAGAGGAGGGAACCCAUACAUUGAAAUCGAAGUAGUGAAAACAGAGGAAGGCGGCGGGGGAGGAUUAAUCAAAAAAGGGUUCGCACCUGAAGAGAUCAGCGCCAUGAUUUUGGGGAAGAUGAAGGAAACUGCUGAAUCUUACCUCGGUGAGCCGGUGAAGGGCGCGGUUGUCACGGUGCCGGCUUAUUUCAACGAUAUGCAGAGGCAAGCCACAAAGGACGCCGGCAGAAUUGCAGGGCUAAACGUCCUCCGAAUCAUCAACGAGCCGACCGCGGCGGCGAUUGCCUACGGUCUCAAUAACCUAAACCGGAAGAGGAAGAAAACCAAGAGAAAGGUUCUGGUGUACGAUUUGGGGGGCGGGACGUUUGAUGUCAGUGUAUUGGAAGUAGAUGGUAAGGAGUUCCGUGUAUUGGCUACCGGCGGUGACACUCAUCUCGGCGGCGGGGAUUUCGAUCAGAGAGUGAUGGAAUACUUCAUCAAAUUAAUCAAGAGAAAGCACGGUAAUGAGGACAUCGGUGAAGAUAAGAGGGCACUAGGGAAGCUCCGAAAGGAAUGCGAGAGAGCCAAAAGGGCGCUGAGCAAUCAGAAUCAGGUUCGGGUCGAGAUCGAGUCCCUGUUUCAUGGGAUGGAUUUUUCGGAGCCUCUGACGCGGGCGAAAUUCGAGGAAUUGAAUCUGGAUCUGUUCAAGAAGACGCUGGAGGUGGUGGAGGCGACGCUGAAGGAUGCCAAUUUGGGGAAGAGCGAGCUCGAGGAAGUAAUAUUGGUGGGAGGAAGCACCAGGAUUCCGAAGCUGAGGGAGAUGCUGAAGGAGAUGUUUGAUGGGAAGGAACCCUGCAAAGGGGUGAACCCUGACGAAGCUGUGGCUUACGGUGCUGCUGUCUUAGGAGCCAAACUCGGCGGCAGCGCAAAAGCAUUACAUCAUGGUGUUGCAUUGAUUGAUGUCACUCCAUUGAGUUUGGGAGUGGAGUGUGAUAAUAGUCUUAUGUAUGUAGUUAUCCCAAGAAACACCCGUAUUCCGACAAAAAUGUCAAAGCAAUUCACCACGAAGAUUGACCAGCAAACCACAAUGAGUAUCAAGGUAUUUCAAGGUGAAAGACCCCUGACAAAGGAUUGUAUCGAGCUUGGAAGCUUUGCUCUGUCCGGUAUCACCCCAGCUCCAAGGGGAGUGACGAAGGUGGAGGAGACACUCGAAAUCGAUGAGGACGGAAUACUGAAAGUGACGGCGAGGGAGAAGAUCCCCGGAGCGGAGUCUCAGUCCCUGACCAUCACCGACUACAAAGGAGGCUUGACCCAGCAGGAGAUUGAGAGGAUGAUCAAAGAAGCAGAGGAGAUGGCAGAGAAAGACAAGACUGCCAAGGCACGUGUGGAUGCCAUGAUCAAGUUGGAGCGUUACAUCUAUGAUGCCAAGAAGGCCAUUCUUAGUGGUGAUGGGCUGUCGCAUCAGGUGGGUGAUAAGAAGAUAAAGGUGGAGAUCUCUUCUGUGGGAGAAGCUUCGUGUUGGCUGGAGAAGAACCAAGGCGCUACCAGAGAGGAUUACGUGAAGAAGCUGAACGAGCUGAGAGGCAUUUGGGAUCCUAUUCUAGCUAAUGCCAAGAGCAAAUCGUGAAAUUCUGCUUCUAAUUUCUAGCUUAGGUACUCUGCAUUUGUUUCUAGUUUACUAUCCUUCCUUUUGCAGAGCCACUGACUGAGGCCCUUUGAUGUGGUGGUUUUACUUUGUUUUGGACGAACUUUUGCGGGGAUCCAGCAGGAACCCAGAAACUGGUGAUGGGAAAUACGGAGUCUAGAUUUAGAAAUGCUUACUGGGUUGCUAGUAGAUACUGUAAAAAUUCAACCUUUGCAAUUGGUGAAACCAAAGGAGAAAACAGGGGAAAGGAAGAAACCAUUGAGGAGACGAUGAUUGCUUGCUCGUUUGAAAUGCUUUUCCCAUGCCUUAGUACCCAGUUAUCUGUUCCUCUAGAACGCCGGCGCCGCCAGCUCGGUCGGCGCUUCUCUAAUUCGAACUCCGGCAAUCGCAUCCUCCGGUCAGGACUACGUUACAGCCGGCGGCAAACGUGUUCGCGGGGAUUUUCAAACGAAUAUCAGCAAUCGUCAGUCUCAAGCUACCAAACCGAUUUCUGUUCAUACCGGGCAUCCCAAAUCUGGGCCAAUUAACACUCUGGGCCGUCAUCCAAAGCCCACUUCUCAAUUUCACCUUCUCCGAUCUCCGUCCAAACUUUUCCUGGACCAAUUUUUCGUAUUGGGUCCCACGACCAUUAAUAUUUUGGUCCAUAAAACAGUCACAUUUGAUUAUUAACAGAAUAAUAAUUACUUAUUUACAUGAAUAUGAAUAAUUUGUGCAUAUUUGA